AUGGAUGUCGCUUACGACCACAUCCAAGAGGAGAUCCUCGCGUCCCCCAGCAACGACAAGCGUGACAACGACGCUGAAGUGGGAAGCACCGCCUCUGAGCCCACAAAACGUCAUGAUUUGAGCGCUGAAUUCCAAGAAACCUUCAACGCCUUCUCUGCGAGUCCCUGGGCUGCGCGGCUUGGAGGCCUAUGGGGGAAUGUUCGUCAGCAAGGGGAAAGCUACUACAAUGGGGCAAGGCAAGAAUACUCCGCUGCCAGUGAAGAAGCCAUCAAAGGAUUUACAGGUCUACGAGAUACUAUCAUUGGGCGGACAAGAGGACUGUCGUUGGGCGGAUUCGCUGCCGGCACUGGCGAGGAAUCGGACAGUGAGCAGCAUAAUCGCGACGGUGCCAUAACGCCCACAUCUCCUAAAGCUGGCGAAUUGUCCACCAAUGCGGCAAAAAGCGACCAGGAUGGUCAAGGGACUGAAGGGGAUGGUUUCAUUUCCAGAUUCCGUGCAGAAGCCGCGAAACGCCUCAAAGACAUCGAGAAAGCCGAGGACGCAGCUGAUGAAGCGCUACUGAGAUUUGGAACAAACAUUCAGAAUUUCUUACGGGACGCUGUGACUAUUGCCCCUCCCGAAGAUGCGGAUCAGGGUGCCUCUCCAGGCAAGGUGCUCUUUGAGAGUAGGGAUGCCGAUGGAAAGCGAGUCAUUCAUACCACCAGAUUUGAAGCACAAUUACACGCCAUACAUUCCAAUCUAGAAUCCUUUUCAGCAGAUCCUGAAAGCGAUGAAUGGUCUAAAUGGAAAAGCGAAUUUCAAAUUGACGACAAGACGAGCGAUAUAUCUACAGACUUGGAUGCAUAUCCUGGACUAAGAAGAGCUAUGGAAAACCUUGUUCCAGAAAAGGUAGAAUAUUUCGACUUUUGGAGGAGAUACUAUUUCCUACGACUAGUUAUUGAGACGGAAGAGAGGAGGCGAAGGGAGCUGUUGAAAGCUUCAACUGCAGGUGACGAAGAGGAAGUUGCCUGGGAUGAGGAUUCUGACUCUGAUUCUGAAUCGCCCUCUACACCCCAGGUCAAGAUCAACAAGGCCGAUGAGCCACUUCGUCCCAUUUCAGUGGAGCCGUCAAUCUCGAAGGAUAAUCUGAAGCCAUCAGAGCCACGAAGAUCCAAUGAUCAACAAUCACAGGCCGACAGUGAUGCAAGCUACGAUCUUGUUAGUGGUGCUACAAGCCGGGCACCAGGCAGCCCAAAGGGGCCGAAAUCGUCCACUGCCACGGCAAAUGCAGCUGACAGCAGUGACGAGGAAGAUUGGGAAUGA